AUGGCAACUGCAAAACCCAUCCCUAAUGGCGCCCUCCAGGGCUGCACACCCUACAAUUCAUCUAUUCUUCCCAGUUAUGGCUACAAGCCCAGUCUGGCCGCUGGUAUCACCUACUGCAUCCUCUUCGGCCUCGCCCUCAGCGCACACUGUGUAUACAGUGUUCUCGGCCGCCGAUGGGCGAAUUACCUACUCGCCAUAGGAGCCCUAGGGGAGCUGAUUGGGUGGGCAGGGCGCACAUGGUCCUCGCAAUGCCCCUACAACAACCAUGCAUUCUUGAUGCAGAUUGUCACACUGGUAGUUUCGCCUGUCUUCUUCACAGCGGCACUGUUUAUCAUGCUGGGUCAACUCAGUGUUCAAAGAGGCGCAAAGUACUCGCUCCUCCCGCCACGGCUUUAUCUCUAUAUCUUCUGCUCAUGCGACGUGAUUGCUCUCCUCAUACAGGCUGCCGGUGCGGCAAUCGCGUCGCACCAGUUCGACACGCAGGGUGAUCCGGAGAAAGGCACUCACAUCGUAGUGGCAGGGCUUGGGUUUCAAUUGGCCGCCAUGACAAUCUUCUUCUGCUGCUUCGUAGCAUUCAUUGCGAGGUCAUUCGAACAGCAAUGGCCAAAUCACGAGAUAACUCUUGUAGCUUCGAUGCUUCUGAGCUUUGUAUGUCUGUAUAUUCGAUGUGUCUAUCGGACCGUCCAGCUUGCGGAAGGCUGGCUAGGUUACUUGUCCCGCCACGAGCCCUUCUUCCUGGCUCUUGACGCUGCACUGAUGGUGGUUUGUGUUGGCAUAUUUGUCUUCUUCAAUCCCGGGACGCUACUUCGUCCGGAGCACAGUCUCAGAGAUCUCAGAGAUCGUGAGGGCACACAAGGUGUCCAGAGAAGCGGCUUCUUACUCGGCCGGCUGCGAAGAAGCAGAGUGGCAGAUACAGAACGAGACAACUCCACGGCUGCUAGCGCCGCUGUUGAGAAUAUGCAAACUCUCGACAAACGAACAUAA